AUGGAUUCAAGAAACAAUUCUCUGAGUACGAGUUCUUUAAGAUUUACGGAGAAGAUCUGCGCAGUGCUGAUUCCAAUUGUAGCAAUAUGCGAAGUAUUGAUUUUCUCGGUGUCCGGAUGUUUUGAGUGCCGGAAAUCGUACUGCAGGAAGAAAUUGAUUUCCGAGCAUAAUGAUUUCAGUCGUCUCGCCAGUGAAUCUCGAUUUACCGUGAAUGAAAUAGAGGCAUUAUAUGAGUUGUUUAAGAAGUUAAGUAGUUCAAUUAUAGACGACGGAUUGAUACAUAAGGAAGAACUCCAGCUUGCACUAUGCAGAGCUCCUUAUGAUGAGAACCUAUUUUUGGAUCGGGUUUUUGAUCUUUUUGAUGAAAAGAGGAAUGGUGUUAUCGAAUUUGAAGAAUUUAUCCAUGCAGUCAAUGUGUUCCAUCCUCAUACCCCUGUUGAAGACAAAAUAGAUUUUUCCUUUAAGCUUUAUGAUCUCAGACAAACUGGCUUCAUUGAGCGAGAAGAAGUUAAGCAGAUGGUGAUUGCAAUUCUGAUGGAAUCUGACGUGGAACUUUCUGAUGAUCUUCUCGAGCAAAUAAUUGACAACACAUUUGCCGAUGCUGAUGCUGACAAGGACGACAAGAUUAGUAAAGAAGACUGGAAGUCUUUUGUUAUACAACACCCAUCACUUUUGAGAUACAUGACUUUACCCUACUUGAAGGAUAUCACUACCGCUUUCCCCAGUUUUGUUUUCAACACCGAGGUCGAAGAUUGA